CGGCCGCUCGCUUCCAUUUCCUGUGCCGCUUCUCCUUCUCCUCCUCUUCCCGCAGCCGGUGCCCAUGGCCGGCCCCGCCACCGCCGCUCCGCUCCCGCCCGGGCAGCGCAGCCUCGUCCCGCCGGGACCAUCGGGUGCGGGUGCCCAGAGGGCUCAGAGCUUUCAGCUGCAUCAGCCCCAGGUGAAGCUGUCGGUGGCAGCGGGGGAGACGCUCACCCUGACCUGCACCACGUCUGGAUCUGGUCCCGCUGGGCCUGUGAAGUGGCUGAAGGGCUGGGGCAGUGAGAACAAGACCAUUUACGACCAGAUGGGCACGUUCCCCCGUGUGACGAGGGCAGAGAGUGGCUCCAACACGGACUUCACCAUCCACAUCAGGGACGUUCGCCUCGAGGAUGCCGGCACCUAUUACUGUGUGAAGUACCAGAAGUCUGUGCAUGGGGUGUUCGUGUUUCAGCAUGGAAAGGGCACCGAGGUGUCCCUGAAUGAGGCAGCCCUGGCUCCCAGCAUGGUGGCUCUAGCUGCAGUGCUGUGCUUCCUCCUCCUCGGCUUCUUCAUCGCCCUUUGCAUGUACAGGAGGAAGUCCAGAGGCGAGGCAGAGAGCCGGAACCCGGCCGGGCCGGUGGCCAGAGGCAGCUUCUUGCCCAUCCCUCUGCAGUGCUGUGCAGGGACCCCCAGGUUUGUACUCAUCAUUCUGCACCCUGAGAACUGCUUUAUCCACCCCCUUAUCCUGGCUUCCUCUCCCGCUGGAGCAGUGGUUUUCCCCAGAAAAGCUCCUUUACCCACAGGCACACGAAGCAGCAAGGAGGACAAUGACAUCCACUACGCCGACCUCCAGCCCCUGCCCGCAGCCCCGCAGCACAGCAGGAGCCCCGGCACAGCCCGCUCCGAGUACGCCAGCAUCAGGGUCGCUGCCAAAUCACCCAUUGAUGGAUCACCCAUUGAUAGAUCACCCAUUGAUGGAUCACCCGUUGAUGGCUCACCCGUUGAUGGAUCACCCACUGAUGGGUCACUCAUUGGUGGAUCACCCAUUGAUGGAUCACCCAUUGAUGGGUCACUAAUUGGGGUGCUCCUCGCCCCUGCCAUCCCCACGCGCAUCACGCCCGGAGCUGGGAUGCUCCGUGGGUUUUGUCCUGUUAAAAGAGCCGCGGCUGCCGUUUGGGAAGGGGAAACCCUUCGGGAGCUGCUCCCCGAGAGCAGGGAUCUGCGGGGGUCCCCCCGCUCCUCCUGGCACGCAGUAACCCCCAUUGGCGGCAGUCCCGGCGCUGGCAGAGCCCCGAGAGCGGCACAAGCGGCGCUUGAGGAGUGCAGGGAGAAGGGAGCCACAUUUCGACAGGCAGGAGCCGGGGCAAAGCAGCCGCUGCGGGAGGAGCCGGGCCCGGCUCAAUGCGGGCUCUCAGGGCGCUUUUGUCGGCCCCGGACGUGCCCAGCGGUGCUGCCAGCACGGAGGGGCUGUGCCGGCGCCAGCGGCUCCCAGCGUGGGGCGGCAGCGUGCCCAGCGCCUUGGCUCAGCACCGUGCCCGUGGGCAGGAUGCGGAGCCUCCAUCGGGAAGCUCCAUCGCCUCGGCCGGGCCGGGCGCAGGGUGGGCAGCGCAGCGGGAGCAGCGACACGCGGGCUGCGGGAAUUGCUCCUGACAGAUCCAGCGCUCGGUGCCGGGGCCCGGCCCGGUGGGUGCGGAGGGGGGGGGGGGGCCGGGCUGUGCGUGCGCUCGGAGCCGGGAGGCGGGAGCCCAGCCCCUCCUUCCUCAUUCGGGGCUGGGGCAGCGGCGCCCGCUCCGGCCGCCGUCCGCCUUUCCCCUUUCCUUCUGUUCUUAACCCCAAAAGCGAAGCGAGGAGCUCCGCAGCAUCUCCAGCCCCCGCUGCCCCGACACCACCGGCGAUGGAGCCGCUUCCCCGGAGCGCCUGGCCGCUGACCUGCCUGCUGCUGCUCUCCCUGCCAGGUACCGGUGCCCAGGAGGUUCAGGGCUUCAAGCUGCAUCAGCCCCAGGGCAAUGUGUCAGUGACAGCGGGAGAGACGCUCACCCUGAACUGCACCACAUCUGGAGAUGGUCCCAUUGGGCCUGUGAAGUGGCUGAAGGGCUGGGGCAGUGAGAAUGAGACCAUUUAUGACCAGACGGGCACGUUCCCCCGUGUGAUGAGGACAGCGACUGGGUCCGACACAGACUUCACCAUCCACAUCAGGAAUGUUCACCCCGAGGAUGCCGGCACCUAUUACUGCGUGAAGUACGACAAGUCUGUGCGUGGGGUGAUCGUGUUUCAGCAUGGAAAGGGCACCGAGGUGUCCGUGUACGCCAAACCCAGCAGCCCGGUGGUGAGGGGGCCGGAGAGCAGAGCAGGGCCGGGGCAAUCGGUGCCUUUCACCUGCACGGCCGGAGGGUUCUUCCCCAGGGAAAUCGCUGUGAAGUGGCUGAAGGACGGGGCCCAGAUCUCGGCUCAGCAGCCCCAGGUCAGCCCCGGGCAGACGAAAUCCUCCUUCGACGCGUCCAGCACCGUGUCGGUGACGCUGCAGGAGGGCGACGUCCGCUCGCAGCUGCAGUGCGAGGUUCAUCACCGCACGCUGCCGGCCCCGCUGCGGGGCAGCUUCCAGCUCAGCCGAGCCCUGCGAGUGCCCCCCAGCGUGCAGGUGGUGGCUGAGCCGCCGAGCCCCGUGGAGCUGAACAAGACGGUGAACUUGACGUGCCUCGUGAAGGGGUUUUACCCGGGAGACGUGGCCGUGGCCUGGCUGGAGAACGGGACGGAGAUGAGCGUGGGGAGCCCCCCCCCGCCAGCGGAGACCCCGCGGGGCUUGUUCGAGCUGCGCAGCCUGGUGGAGGUGCAAGCGACGGAGGAGAAGAACGGGUCCGUGUUCACGUGCCGCGUGGUGCACGACGCCCAGGGCCCCAUCAACGGGACGAGCACCCUGCGGAUCGCUGCCCCGGCCAAGGGCGGGCUGAGCGACCGCUCCCAGACUGAUAACGACAAUUUGGUCCUCAUCUACAUCGUGGUGGGGGUGGUCUGCACGGUGCUGGCGCUGCUGGUGGCUGCAAUUCUUUACCUCAUCCGGGCAAAGCAGAGCAAAGGUAAAAGCUCACCGUCAGCUAGGUUACACGAGCCGGAGAAGAGCAGCGAGGCCAAUACGCAGGAAUCCGACCCCAACAACGUGACCUACGCGGACCUGAACUUCGACAAAGAGAGGAAAACCAUCCGCCGCAUGGUGGAGAUGAGCCAGCAGUCGGAGUACGCCUGCAUCCAGAGCAGCCGGGCGCCCAACGGCGAUGACAACCUCACCUACGCCGACCUGGACAUGGUGCACCUGAGCAAGGCACCGCCGCGGCCGGCCCCGCGCCCCGAGGAGGCCGGCUCUGAGUACGCCAGCGUCCAGAUCCCGAGGAAGUGAGCAGGGCUGCAGCGGGACCCCUGCGUCACGGGGAGCCAGCCUGCUCCUGCCCGGGAGGAUGCUCUUGGGAGCACCGAGAGCCAUGUGAAGAUGCGCUGCGGUACCCGCGUUUUGGGAUGGAAAUGGAGCCCCCCGCACGGGUCGGGGUUGGCUCCCAUCCGCAGAGACCUGAUUUUAGGGGGCAGCUCUGUCCCGGGGCUGCCGGCUCCAUCCCUUGGGGAUCCCCCCCGUAGCCAUGGGGACUGCUCAGCCUCGGAGUGCCGGGAUUGCCCGUGAGCGGGUUAAUCCGGCGGAGCAGCGACAGUGCCUCCACGCCGGCUCCCGUGGGAAUGCCACCGCCGCCCUGACCCCGCAGGGAUGGGCUGGAGCCCCUGCACUGCCUUCUGGGGCCCUGCUGCCUGGAAACCAAACUGGCUUUAAAGGAAGGAUCGGAGCGUCCGCAUCUCUCUUCCCAAGUGUCCCUUCUGCGGGAUCUCAGUCUCGCCACAAGGCCAAUGAUGCUGGGAAGGCCGGCGAGCCAAGCCCCCCCACCCCGCAGGCUUCUACCCAUCCUACCGCCCAAGGAUGCUCCAGAUACGGC